AUGGGAUGCGUUUCUUCAGAUGAGACAAACAAUUUAGCAUUUGAAGACUUUUAAUUUUUGAAAACAGGAACUUUAUCAAUAGAGCUCACAUAAUUGAUAUUUGUUGUGAACAAUUUGAUAAAAGAUGUUCAUUAAUUAUAUAAAUAAGUUGAUAGUAAUAGGAUAAUACUUUUUCGGAUAACAAAAGUUAAAAAACUAUUUAAAUAUAGGUUUCUCUAACAGCAAAUGAAACUAUAAUUGAUGCAUUUGGAUUUUGGACAAGAUUUGUAUCAAUGUGCAAUUUAGGUCAAGGAAAAUAAAAUGGGGUUUUUUAUAAACUUGAGGCUGAUGGUAUUAAUUAAUAAAAUUUGAAACUUAGGUAAAAGUCUAAAUUACAAUUUGGGUCUAAAUGGUGACUUAAAAUUAUAAUGGUUUGGGGAAGUUUUAAAUGACUAUUUUAAAACUAUGAUUGAUAUUACUGCUUGCAUACCUAUGAUAUUAGAAUAGCUUAAAUUUUUAAAAGAUAAGAUUUUCCAAUUAGGAUCUAAUCUAAAAGAAAAGAAUUAAGUAUUUAACUAUAAUAUGCUUUUGCUAAAAUUUAACUUGAGCUUUCUUAGGAUUGUUAAUAUAAAAAUAAUAAAGUACAAUGAAGAAAUAGAUUUUUUUAAAAAGAAUUACUAAUAAGUAAUAGAAAAAGCAGAUGAAUAAGGAUUAUAGCUUUAUUAAAAAUUUGGGGCUAAAAAGUUGAAUGACCGAGAAAGAUAUCGCAUGAAAGUAAAAAUAAAUUAAAUAAUGGAAUAAUGUUUUUAAGGAGAAAUGAGGUCUGAAAUAUCAUAAGAUAUAUAAAAUAAAUAAAAAGAGAAAAGAAAAUAAUUAAAGCCAUCUUGGGUAUUUGGAGAUGAUAUUGGAAUAGGUGUUAAAAAGUUUCCUUUUCGUGUUAGAUGGACAGGGUGUAAUUGUGUAGAUCACUCAUUUUUUAUUAUUUCUAAUUAUCUUGAAAAUCAUAGUAAACAUCUUUUACUGCUCAGAAAAUUAUCAGUAAUUUUAAGAUAUUUGACUUAAUCCCAUAAAACAGAUGAAGAUAGUUUACCUAGAGCAUGGUAUAUUUUUUGUAAGCAUCUCACACCUAAAGAAAGAACAAUUAUUUAAUCUAAUUCUUCAAUUUCAAACGGAUUAAAAAAAUUUAAAUUAAAAAAUAUUUAAGCGGAAUAAUGUAGACAGUAUUUUAUUGAAUUUAUUUAACUUUUUGAUUCAGAUCACUUAAAUUAAUUAUAAAUAGAAUGGUAAAAUUAUUUAGAAGGAUAAUCUAAAGUAUUAUCUUUAUGGUCAAAAAAUUAAAUUUUCUCUACUGAUGAAUUUUAAGCUUUAAAAGUUGCUGAUAAAUAUUAUGCUCUAACAAGUAUGUCUAAAAAUAUUUAUGCUCUUUAAUCUUAUUAUCCUAUUGCAACAAUAGUCUAUAACUCAGGUAAUUUAAUACUCUAUAUAAUAUUUAGUGUAUUCUAAAAAAUUGUAAAAAGGAUAGAUAUUUCUCAAUUCGCUAUCACAAAUUUAUAAUUCCUCUGGAUAUUGUCCUCUUCCUUUCGAUAAUUUGUAUACUUAAAAUCCAAUUGAAGAUGACGAAGCAAAGAUUAAAACUAAAGAAAUAAAAUUCCAUUAUGCUUUUAAUAAGUUUACAUAAAAAUCAUGA